AUUGAGUAGAGUUUAGUUACCAUCGGCCAUGGGUGCUAAAAAGAGCAUUUUAAGUGCGGAGCGAUUGGACGAGUAUGCGGAAUUAACCUACCUGACUAAAUGGGAAGUGCUGUUGAUUUUAGAGAAAUUUGAAAGGCUAGUUCCUCGCGGAAUAGAAAAUGAUUUUAACAGAAGAUUCUCUAUUGAAGAGAUUAUGGAUAUAUUCCCACAACUUAAGGUACUAUUUCGCAAUCAUAAUCCCUUCCGAGAUCGAUUGUUCGACGUAUUUUCGUCACAACACGACACACGAUGUUCGUUUGAAGAUGUUCUAGAUAUGUUUAGCGUAAUGUCUCACAACUGUCCUCACCAGGUGAAAGCUAUUUGGGCUUUUAGAAUAUUCGAUUGCGAUAAUGACAAUAUGAUCACCAGAGAUGACAUAUCAGCCAUUUGUGACCGCUUAACCAAUUAUAAUCGUUUGCUGGAAGAAGAAAAGGAAAGCAUCGCCGAAGUGAUACUCAACGAAAUUGAUCUUCAAAGAAAUGGUAGUUUGGCAGAAUUCGAAUUUGUUCGUGUUAUCUUGAAGAUAUCUGAAUUUCAUCAUACAUUCUCAUUCCGGCCUUGAUCACACAGCAGGAUCAAAGAUUUCAUCGCUUAUGUGAAACAUAGAUAACAAAAACCAAAAUGUUGUGAUUUAUAUAUAUUCUAUUUUACUAUAAUCGAUAGACGACUCCAAUCCAGUGUUUUCACAUCGAGACGCAAAAUUGUUGAAGAUUUGAUGUGUUCAAUGUUAGUGUUAAAUUAAAUCACUUGUGGUCAACGAUACAGGUUCGAAAUUCUACAUCUCAAAUUAUGUGCUCAUAAUUAGGAAUUAAUAAUACAAGUUUAAGAUUAAAAUAUGAUGAAAAUCAGCUGUUGAAACGUUCAUAAACCACGUGGACCGAAGAUUGGAACAUUUGAAUACCCCGUCCCCUUCGUAGAUUUUCAUUAACUAUUCAAAUACUCCCCUCUUCCAAAAGUCUACAUAGCCUUUCCAGUUUUACAGAAUAUCACGAAAAGCUUUUUUGAGGGAAACAUCUGGAGAACAAAUCA